AUGGACGAAUCCAACCAUAGCCCAGGCUUUCAAGCCUUGAUUGAACGCUUGAAUGCUAGCCUAACUUUGAGGAACACUGUGGAACUCAAUAGCGUGCUGAACAGGGCACAACUCGAGCUUGGUGGAAACGCAUCUCUUUCGCGAGUUGUGGGAACUUCAGAAUUUUUGACAGAAAGUAAGGAGCUUUUGAUGCAAGAAGAGUUGCCUCAGCUGAACUACGAUUUGCUUAUAGAUGUUGUAGGCAAAAUGAUUUCUCUGGUCCCUUUUGACCAGUUAAUGGAACAGUAUUCUCCACAAGAUUUGAGACUUAGCAUCGAAAGUGGCGUUCCUGGACUUGUUAAACUCGCUUGCAGAGUUGUGCAGCGAUCUGAGCCUAAGGGGAUUUUUGCUGGAUUGGGAAUUUUGGAUUCAAUACUAUCUCUGUUCUUUGACCCCACAACGGAAACAGGAACCGUAACAGAAAUUGAAAAUGUAUUCAAGGCAUUGAGAAGUGAUAGUUUGGUCCGCAGGAGACUUUUGGGUCACAACGGUAAGUAUCUAAUUCGUGUCAAAAGUGAACUUAAUUCCAUUAUUUUGGCAAGAUUGGUGGAUCUGUUGGGUUUGAUGAUUCCUUUUGUCGAUUGCAGCGAAUUGAACCUGAAACUUUUCCUGUUUAGUGAACAGGAAAUCGUCAAGAGCAUCGAAUUAGACAUUUUCUGUUUUAUUGCCAUUACAAACUAUUACACGGAUCUGCUGUGCUUGUGUGGGCCACAGCUGCAAUACGACAAAGCCAGCGCGUGGCUUGUGACGCAUGCGCUGGAGGUCGUAAUACCGGCUUACGGGAAUUUGUACGCUAAUGCACAGAACGAUUCUGUUUUGCGUGUUUAUGCAAGACGCUACAUCUUUCGUCUUUUUGCACAAAUAUCAAUGCUGGAAGAUCAAGAACAUUUUAAGCAGCUAGACAACCAAUAUCUCAAACUUACUGAGUCCAAUCCUGAUUUUAUUGAAUUUCGAAAGUUCAUCAAUCCACUGUAUUUGAUAUCUGAAAAGAAAAGCCUUGUUCUUGACCAGCUUCGAGUUGAUCCGUCGCACUUGGCUGAACUGAGAAACCUCAUUUCCAAUGAGCACUCUUUCAAUGAAAUAAAAGAGCAACUGAUGCCAGAUCGAAUUUUAAGUUUGCCCUAUUACGAGCGUAUGGUCCUUUUAGAGAAAUUAACAAGCUAUGAAUAUUCUAUGUUAUUUCUCAUCAACAACCUAUCGAAAGUCAUGUCGGACCUCUUAGAUGACAAAGAUGGGAACAUAAGAGAAACCGAAACAGUAAUACUGAGAAGGCAAAUUUUCGAAAACUUACUAAACGUAAGUGACGAAACAUUGAAUGUUUGGAAAUCGCCAGUAUUGAACUCGUACCGGGCCAUUAUAUCGGGGGUCAGGAAUGAUGGCGGGGCUGCGCAGGUAGCAGACGUCUACUUAUGA